UGCUGCCUGCAGUAAAAGAACUGCGCAGCUCCGCAGCACGGCAGAGGGGGCUCUCCACGGGCUGGAAACCGCAUAACCUGGACUACUUCAUAUAAUCACCAGCUCUCAUUGUCAUUCUUUACCAACAAACAUGACUGCGACUAUUAUUUCUCCUCUCUUCGAAUACAGAGAAGUGUCGAACAAGAACACUAAGAUGUUUGACAACUACAGCAACAACGACAGUCUUGUUGGACCUCAGCUGAUGUCUGUCCCAUGCUCCAGUGUAAACCUCUCCUCCUGCACCCCCACUGGGUCCCUGCUGGACAGGAAGGUGGUGGGGGCCCCCUCUGAAGGAGGCCCGUUUCAACGCCGUCACUCAGUCAGCCUCCCCAGUCCAAAGUUCAGCCAGAACCAGUUUGUCAACAACCUUAAAAGGGAUCCCUGUGUGUUUUUGGGUGGCAGCAGCAGCGACAACAACAACAAGGAGAACCAUUUCCGAGAGCGCUCCUUCUCAGAGCUAGGGGAUAGGUUGUGGCCCGGCAGUCAGGCGUGUGUUGGUGGAAGCAGCCAAGUCAACUCGAGUCGCUACAAGACGGAGCUGUGCCGGCCCUUUGAGGAGAACGCCACCUGUAAAUACGGCGAUAAGUGCCAGUUCGCCCACGGCAUGCAUGAGCUGCGCAGCCUGAGCCGUCACCCAAAGUACAAAACUGAGCUGUGCCGCACCUUCCACACCAUCGGUUUCUGCCCGUAUGGCCCCCGAUGCCACUUUAUUCACAACGCAGAGGAGCGCCGGGGGCCCCCUCCCCUCUCCGCCCUCAACAAGAUGGAGCGCCCUCGGCUGCAGCACAGCUUCAGCUUCGCCGGCUUCCCCAGCUCUAGCAGCCGGGAGGACAGCCCCACUUCUGUAACACCUCCACCCAUGUUCUCCACUGAAGACCUGACGGCGUGGCAGAGCAACCCCUUUGCUUACUCUAGCCAGGAGCUCGCUGGCCUAUUUGGCCCCAGCUUGGGGCCCCCACCUGUGUCUGAGCCUCAGGGUCUGACCCCACCUUCCCCGACCACCACCACCGCCACCUGCUUUUUCCAGCCCACAUCAGAGAGCUCCCCCAGCCCCCCAGACUCUCUUUCUGAUCAGGAGGGCUACCAGAGCAGUCAGAGUGGCUCUGAGUCACCGCUCCUGGAUGCCUCCCGUCGCCUUCCCAUCUUCAGCAGGCUCUCUGUCUCUGAUGAUUAAGGUGGGAUGGGAGUAAUGGGAAGAGAGACGGGAAGAUGGAGACUAUUCAUCCUGCUUAACUGGCGCCUCCUCCUCAGCCCUGUUUACAGGAGAAGCAGACCGCUCUGUGCUUUUGUUGUAGCCAGAGGUCUCAUCAGAAAUCCAGAUCAAGUCUCUUCUAAUAUUCUGAACAGUUGGUAAACCAGAAUCCUAUCCAGAUACAGGCCCUGCACUGGUGCCAUGGUGGAAUGAUUGUGUAAAGUAGCUCAGAGAUCACAUUAGUGUGUGUGUGUGUGUGUGUGUGUGUGUGUGUGUGUGUGUGUGUGUGUGUGUGUGUGUGUGUGUGUGUGUGUGUGUGUGUGUGUGUGUGUGUGUGUGUGUGUGUGUGUGUGUGUGUGUGUGUGUGUGUGUGUGUGUGUGUGUGUGUGUCUGCACUGUAGAAAGUGUGUAGCAGCCAUUAUUAUUCUGAUCGCCUGUGCCACGACCUUGACACCUCCUCGAGGUUUGUGACAACUCAGUGUUCAACUUUUAAAAGAUUGUCACCAUGAAAUGGAACAAGGGCAAGUCCGUAGACAGUUAGAUUCUAAAAGUGCCUUGGAGUUUAUUCAUGUGAAGCCAACAAUAAGCCUAGACUUUCUUUUUCACAUCUAAUCAUGCCCAGUUUCCUGUUCCUCUCGCCUGUCAUGGUGACUGUUUUUUAAGAUUCCGACUGUCGGAUUGCUUUCCUUCAGUCGGGCUGGAAUGCUGUUGCUAUGUGCCUUGUUAUCUUGAGCUGGUGGUCAGUUAUCAUUCCCUGUUGCUCACCAGAGACCUUUUCUUAUAAACGGCCAACAUAUAUGAAGAGACACAAUCUUUGAAUGGGAUGGGAUUCAAGAUUAUCUCUGAAGUUGGAGUUAAAGGGUCAGUUUACCCAGAUCACCAGAAAACAUAUUCCCUCACUUACCUCUCGUGCAUACUUCUAUAGCAAUGCAGAUAGUUGUGCUUUUAUUUGUCCAAGGUUGGAGAUAUCAGUCUGUGAGAUUUCUGUCUCAUCCCAUUUAAGAACAUUCAACAGCAACAUCUCGUUCAGAUGGGUUUCCGUGUCACUCCAUCGCCCACAGAACACACGAGACAUUUUUCAUACAGACCUUUUCUUUUGCAAUGAGUAGUUCCACUGACGGCUGUUCACACUGAGGUCUGUGGAGUUACAGAGUAACAGGGACACUGUGGGUGUUGGAUUACUAUUAUUUUAUCAGGUUUGUGCCAACAAUUCCACUAGAAAUAAGGAGAGGAAAUGUUUUAAAUGAUCUUUUAUUUGGGGGAACUGACUCUUGAACAAACUUCUUGCGGGCAACCUUUCCAGCCAUUAGCAGGUUCCUCGUGUUAAUUUGCCACGUUUGUCUUCAGAUGUCAAACUCUGCUGCAACGUUUUGAUCGUUUGGUCAGCAGUCGAGCCUGUCCAUCCCCCAGAGAUCAAUUCUCUGUCUAAAAUUAAUCACGCUCCUGUUGAUUCCACCAUUAUUAUUAUUAUUAUUAUUAUUAUUAUUAUUAUUAUUAUUGUGUAGUUUAUUUCCCAAGGCCUUCUGAGUAAGGGCUUUGCCGGUCACCGCUUAUUUAUCGAAAUGUAUUUAUUGCUGAUCUUAAGCAUUUUUAUUUUGUAUUUAUCUGGUUAAUGAAACAAUAGAAUAUAUAUUUUCUUUUAUGUGAAAUUAUGAUCUUCCAUAUUAAUCGCAAGAUUGUAAAGACCUGUUUGUGUUGUUUUUUUUUCACAUUUAAUAUAUUAUACUGCAAUUACAUGUUUUGUAACACUUGAUUUAUUUUCAAAGUGAAUCUUAAUUUAAAACACAGGUUUAGCAGUUUUAUUUAUUGUUUGCUCCUCCCACAUGUUGGACUGCAGGUUGAGGUUCCUGGAUGCAGUCUGAAGGCACAAACGCACUGGAAGUGUCAGUCAAUGCCCCAGUGUCUGCCAGAGACGAGCUUUGUCUUCAGUGGGGGGGGGUUCUGCAGCUGCCAUAAUCAAGUUCAAAUUGAUGGAAAAGAAUAACUAAUACAGUAAUUGCAAACUAAUCAGGUAACUAAGCUAGUGGCAUACAGGGAGUGUAAAACGUAUGAAUGCACUCGGGGUGCAGGUGGUGCUGGUUUAAAAGUGUUCUUAUGGCCCACGUACACAGUCUCCGCCUGUUUCGUGUUUUCCGGCUCUGUGUGGCCGGUGUGUCUGUGUCUCGAGCGGCUCACCUGUGCCUUAUUUCCCCGCUCCGCUAUCUUCACACGCAGCGGUUAUUUUGCCAGAGCAGCUUGUGUCUCUAAAGCGUGAAAUUCACGAUGAAUGUAUAUGAAUGCCCGUAUUUAUUGGCAAUUGAAAUUCAUUUUAAGGCCUUAUCUCACAUGUUUUUGAAAUUGCACUACAAUGUUUGGAGAAAAUAUUUUUGUAUUGUUCAGAUACAUGGAAAAUACAUUCAGUGGUUUUAGACUUCCAUCCUUCAAGUAUAUCAAUGUCACUGUAGAACAAUUCACUACCGAGCAUCUGCAUAAAUAAUAUUAAACAGCACGAUAUUCAAAAGUGACUAUUAAUAUUGAUUUACUGAAUUUGAUUGAAUUCAAAGUGCCUUAUAACCUCAAGAUGUUGGAACCCAGUUUUCAUCUCCCACCUGUAUCUAAAAUGUCAAAUUUGCAGAUGAAAAGGCCAAUCAUUAAUCAUGGCUUCCAUUGUGUCCAGUCCCCUCGUCCCUGCUGCACUUUCAUUCUCAAGAAUGUAAACAGUCCUGGUCUCAUAUUGGUGUCUUCUACUGGGAUGAAUUCUCAUUUGAUUGUUAAAGUCACUGAAUCAGUUUUACUCUGUGACCAAAGCGUUUUCAGCUCUUAUUUUGAAAGGAUGAUGGAAGCAAGCCUGAUUCACAGUAUCACAGACAGGCUCACUAGCACUUUGAGUCAUCACAAUGUUGACGUAAAGGUUAUUUUUGACCACUUUUUGAAAGUGCCUAUCAAUACAUUCCAGGUUUCCCAAAUGUUGUGCCUUAUUUUUCUAUAACAGAGCAGAUAAAAGCCUAAAAUGUAUUCCUGUAGUUUAGGUUAACAGGAUUGACACAUGAAAACUGUUGAAUGUAUUCUCCAGCAGCCGUUGCUGUUACAGUAAUUACUUUGUUCAUGUUUUAUUUUGUAAUGACAGAUUGCAGUUUAAAACCAAUAAAACAUGUAUUUAUAUUCAUA